UAACCUGAGAUUACCUUCAGUCUGAUUAUACUCUGCAAAUCAGAGACCAGCGAACCCAAUUCUUCCAGUCUUGUUGUAAUUUACAGUGGAAACCUUUAGAGGGUAUUAUCAGAUAUAACCUGAAUCCACUAAACUCUACUAGUCAGUCUUUCAAAAAUGUUUCUGUGGAGCUUGUUGGCUUGUUUUAUAUGUGUUCAUGAUGUGGAAGCGGACGGAAUAAAGAUAAUAUCGGUGAUGGAGGGAGAUUCUGUCACUCUACACACUGAUGUUACUAGCAUUCAGAGAAAUGAUCACAUAACAUGGAAGUUUGGAUCUGAUAAAUCGUGUAUUGCUGAAGUCUAUAAUCAGAUUUAUACGUAUCCUGAUGCUGACGAGAGAUUCAGAGACAGACUGAAACUGCAUCCGACUGGAACUCUGACCAUCACAAACACCAGAUUCAGUGACUCUGGAUAUUAUACAGUUUCUAUCAGCAGCUCCAGAAGAACCUUACGGGAGAGAUUCAUGAUUAUUGUAAAUGCUCCUCUGCCUGUACCGGAGAUUGUCAGUAACUCUUCACAAUGUUCAUCGUCAUCUAGAUCAUCAGAGUCCAGAUGUUCACUGGUGUGUUCAGUGUUGAAUGUGAGUGAUGUGACUCUCUCCUGGUAUAAAGGAAUGAGUGUAUUGUCCAGCAUCAGUGUGUGUGAUCUCAGCAUCAGUCUCUCUCUACCUCUGGAAGUGGAAUAUCAGGAUAAAAACACUUACAGCUGUGUGAUCAACAAUCCAGUCAAAAACCAGACCACACAUCUCAACAUUACGCAACUUUGUCGACCAUGUUCAGACUCUGUCCAGUGUUGUAGUUUUACUGAAGCUGUGAUCCGAUUGGUCCUCUCUGUUCUGGUGGGUGUGGCUACUGUUGCUGUAUUGGUUGAUCAUUUCAGAUCCACGAAAGUUGAACUGAAAAUCAGGAAACCGACAGAAAACAGUCAAUCACCAUCCGUUCCUUAAUGAUUAAACCUAUUCUCCCGUGUAGUCGGUGGUGACCUUAAACAACCUUUACCAAUGAUACACUGUGAAUAGCGGUUAAUAGAGUUUUCUAUACGCAUUGCAAAUCACUGUCAAUUUACAAAUCAUCAUAUUAUAUAUUAUAUCACGUCAAUAAGGUUACAGAAAUAUAUAUUUUGCACUAUUGGUUGUAUUUCUUUGUGUUGUAUGGAGAAAUGUGUAUUGUAAUUGUGUAUUCACAAAAUGACCCAGUGUGUGAAGAUUGCACUUCUCGUAAUUUCACCAGUGUUAAAUUGACAUGGGAUUAGAAAAAUGACAUCCUGCAUCUCUCUUAAGAUCUCUUUACUGCAUUUUCUAUUAAAAACAAUAAUAUAAUAAAUAUAUUUAUAUAAUAUUA